AUGCAACGCUUAGACGACAAAGACGCCCAUAUAAACUCCCUAGAGGAUGAUGUCAAAAGUCUAACAGCGCUUCUCGCCAACCAAGACGAAACCAAUCGUGAACAGAACUCCCGGAUUCGCGAACAAAAUUUCCAGAUUCGAGAACAAAACACUCGGAUUCAACAUCUCGAGGAAAUAGUUUGCAGUACGAGCAACGAGAAUCAGGAUACAUCUGAAGACACAUCAGGACAGGAGCAGGCACAUUCGUCAGCAACAUCUAGUAAAUCGGCUUCUGCCCUCAUGCCACCGAAUGAGAACGCUGCCAAUAGAAUUCGCCGACAGUACGCCGGGAUGCACGUAGCUUUCCUAGCUCAGUUAACGAAUCGUAUCACGAACGCUUCAAUUCUUCAAACAAUCGUCUUCGACAAAGUCCUAACGAACGUAGGCGGGGCUUCCAACGUACACCUGGGAUCGUUCGUUGCACCUCUCUCCGGUGUGUACUUGUUUUCCAUCACCUUACAAGUCUACCCCGGAAAUUUCACGUUUUUCCGAUUUGUCAAGAACAACUACGAUCAAGUCAGUCGUCUGUUUGCGAGUACAACACCAGAUGAAAACGUGUCCGUGGCACAGACAGUCGUGCUGCAGCUCGCUAAAGGUGACGACAUGACGGUCAGAUAUGAGAACCCAGGCGAAUCAAUUAUAGAUCCAGACUUCUUGUCGGAGGUGGACAGCACUGAAGAUUUCCAGGUGAUAGCAGUCCAGUCUGUUUACUGCUACCAGUGCUGCGAUAGACCAGCCUGCAGAAACGAGAAAAUCGCAGAUGGCAAAUGUCCAUCCUGCAACAAGGUGCCAGACACUGAACGACAUUAUGGUUCUGCCAUGGUCAUCCUGAAGAAAAAAAGACUGCUUUUCACAGGUGCGCUUCUUCAUGGACAACCUGAAGAAACUGUUCAAGGUGGAUGA